CACUUUAAGACUGACGAUUACAAAACAGACGUCAUCUUUCAAACUCCAGUGCAAGACGAGCGAUCAUGCCAAGUCAGACCUGAGCAAGGCUUCAAGUAUGCUCUCUGCACACGUUGUAAAGUUUUAGCAUAAGUGAACCAUGGAAAACUCGGGCAGGCCUUACUGGGCUAGGCAAGGUGGCAGGGACAGGGGAGCAGGAGCAGAGAGAGCGGAAAGCUGGAGGACACAGGACCAGGGUCGAGGACAGAACUACAGAUCAGAGGGAGGUCAGCAGGGCAAGAACCCGGGCGGGCCUUACCGGGCCAGUCCCAAGAAGGGAGGCCUGGGGCCACUCAGCUACUCCCCUGGUGGAUCCAGAGGUGGUCACAGCCCCUCGCAGAAGGAUGACCUCCGGUGGUUCUCCGGUCCUGAGAACAGUGGUGGGAGUCGUGAAGAUAACUGGAGAGAGAGCUCGCAGCAGCACUGGAGGAGAAGUACCCAGGGAGAAGGUCCAAAGGAGGACAGGGAGCAGGGGGGGAGAGAGGACACUGAUGGAAAUGGUCAUAAAUCAGGGAGAAGAAGGAGAAACCGAAACAAGAAUAAAGCUUAUGCUGAAGAGAACAGGGGCCCAGUGAUUGAAGAGUCCACACUCUCCGCCAAAGAGCUGCACAGCCUACAGCAGGCAGAGAGGCGGCUUAACCGAGAUGAGAUCUACAGCCUGAAGAAGAGGUCCCACAGCAACCCUGGUGCACUUUACACCUGCGCUCUGUGUGAUGUUCUGCUGGAGUCUGUGUCUGACGCUUACAGACAUAUUAGAGACAAGCGGCACAAGAGAAGGGCCAGGGAGAAGCAAGAGCAAGUGAUGCUGACUGAGAUUCUGCCUCCUGGUCCAGAGCAGGUCAGUGCAGUUAGUGCUGCACUAGAGGCUGUUGUCCGGGAACACGGGAUGAAUGACCAGGAUGUUGAGACGAGACAAUGUGUUGUCUCCAUGAUGCAAGACCUCCUUCUGUCCGUCCUGCCUGAGAUCAGGCUCAGGCUAUAUGGAUCAUCUUGCACGAAGUUUGGAUUUAAAGAUUCGGAUGUCAACAUUGACAUUCAGUAUCCACCUCACAUGCAUCAGCCAGACGUCCUGUUGUUGGUCAAGGAGAGCCUCUCUGUGAGCCCUAUUUUUGUUGAUAUGGAAGCUGAUUUUCAUGCCAGGGUGCCUGUGGUCAUCUGCAAAGAAAAAGCGAGUGGCCUGAUGUGCAGAGUGAGCGCAGGGAAUGAAAAUGCGUUCCAAACCACCUCUUAUCUUUCUGCUCUAUCCAGUCGGGAGGAUCUCCUCCUCCCACUGGUUUUGGGCCUUAGACGCUGGGCCCAGAUCUGUAAGAUUGACCGUGCAGAGGAAGGUGGGCUGCCACCGUAUGUCUUCGCCCUCAUGGUUAUCUACUUCUUACAGCAGCGCAAAAAGCCCCUCUUGCCUACCUACCUGAAACAAGAGGUGUUUUUGAAUAGCAGGCUGUCGGACUACAAUCUCACGCAUACAGAGGAUGGACAUUUACACUGGGCUUACACCCCUUCCUCCAAAGAACAGCCAGCAGAGGGCUCAUGUAUAAAGGGAAAGGUUCCGCUGGUGUUUCAGAGCCCUCACCCGCCUGUGGAAGUCGGGCUUCUCUGGGUGGAAAUGCUUCGCUUCUACUCGCUGGAGUUCAACCUGGCUGACAAUGUAAUCAGUGUACGGACCAGUCCUGUCCUCUCCCGAGAGAUGAAAGACUGGCCAAAGAAACGCAUCGCUGUGGAGGACCCGUUUGCUGUAAAGAGAAAUGUGGCUCGCACAGUGAACAGCCAGCAAAUGUACGAGUACAUCAUCCACUGCCUCAAAAACACAUACAAGUACUUUGCACUGCCACUCAACACGCCAGCUCCUAAUCACAAGACAAAGGCAAAGCGUGGACCCAUUCAAGGGGCAAAGGACGAGUCUCUGAAUGAAGAGACUACAUGCCUGUCAGAUUUCAGCCAGCUCAGUCUUCAGCCACAACAUGCAAAUCAACCUAAAGCUGUAGAAAACGGUCCUGAAGACUCUGAUUGCAUUAUUGAGGAAGAGGAGGAAGUUGAAGAAUAUAGUGACUCAGAUGAAGAACGAGAGAAGGAGAAAGUGGACCUGGGCAAAAGCAGUGUGUCUGAGGAUGAGGAGGAUGAGGAUAUUGAUGUGGACACCCAUAACAGACAUCACUUGGACAGCUUCACCACAGAGGAUGAGGACAUUUUCCCAGUGGACGAGAUCUCAGGGGAGGAGCUUUUGUCUGAUGAGGAGGGUCCAGAUUUGGACACACCUGGUUCAAUGGAUGAGGAAGAGUUGGAGUUGGCACCUGUGAGUCUCUCACCUCAACCUUUAAAGGAUACAACUAAGUAUGAGGGCCCAGAAAAUAAAGGCCAACAACAGAAGAGACGGUCUUAUGAGUUCACCAGGCAAGCUUUCACCAGAGGCAAGUCACACAUGGUGGUGUGCAGCUUGUGCAAGCGUGAUGGACAUCUGAAGAAAGACUGUCCGGAAGAUUUCAAGAAAGUGCUGCUGGAUCCUUUGCCCCCAAUAACACCAGAGUUUGUUAGUGUCCUUAACAAAGUCUGUGAGCAGUGCUACACUGACUUCGCCCCAGAUGAACUGGAAGUGGGUGUAAGAGAGCACAUCCUUCAAGACCUGGAGACCUUUGUCAGACGACAGUUUGCUGGAGCUAAGCUCCAACUGUUUGGAUCAUCCAAAAAUGGCUUUGGCUUCAGACAGAGUGACCUCGACAUCUGUAUGGUGCUUGAGGGACAGGAGACCAUAGAUGAUGUUGACUGCAUCAGCAUCAUUGAAAGCUUGGCAAGACUGCUGAAGAAACAUCCAGGUCUGAAGAACAUCCUGCCCAUCACCACAGCAAAAGUACCGAUUGAGAAGUUCUACCAUGUUCGCACCGGCCUGGAGGGAGACAUUAGCCUCUACAACACCCUGGCCCUGCACAACACAAACCUGCUAGCUUCGUAUGCCGCCAUUGACAGAAGGGUGAAGAUCCUCUGUUACGUCAUGAAGGUUUUUGCGAAGAUGUGUGACAUUGGGGAUGCUUCACGUGGCAGCCUCUCGUCCUACGCCUACACCCUCAUGGUGCUCUUCUUUCUCCAGCAGAGAAACCCACCAGUUAUCCCUGUGCUGCAAGAGAUUUAUGAUGGAAAGAAGAAGCCGGAGGUGCUAGUUGAAGGCUGGAAUGUGUACUUCUUUGAUGACCUAAAAUCCCUUCCCAGUUGCUGGCCACAUUAUGGGAAGAACACUGAGACGGUGGGGGAGCUGUGGCUCGGCCUGCUCCGCUUUUAUACCGAGGACUUUGACUUCAGAGAGCAUGUCGUCUGUAUCCGUCUGCAUGGCUGCCUCACCACCUUCAACAAGCAGUGGACGUCCAAAUACAUUGUCAUUGAAGAUCCGUUCGACCUGAAUCAUAAUCUUGGUGCUGGUCUUUCCAGGAAAAUGACUAACUUCAUCAUGAAGGCUUUCAUCAAUGGCAGAACAGUGUUUGGAACACCAGUGAAAGCCUUUCCUCCCGUGUACCCCAGUCAGAUGGAAUAUUUCUUCGAUCCUGAAGUCCUCACUGAGGGAGAAGUGGCUCCCAAUGAUCGCUGCUGCCGCAUCUGUGGCAAGAUCGGCCACUUCAUGAAAGACUGCCCCAUGCGUAAAAAGUCCAAACACAGGCGGGACUCUGAGAGAAGGCCAGAGCACUUGCGAGACACAGCAGAGGAUCAGGUCAGACACAAGAGUGAGCACUGGAGGAAAAGAGAUACACUAGAGGUGCGCUGCUGCUACCUUUGUGGAUCAAGUUCCCACAUCAAGAGGGACUGUCAGCUGUACAGAAGCCCUGCAGGAAAUGUGAAGAUGGAUGGCUUUUCUUCCACCCCUUCAGCCCACUUGAGGAAUUUGAGAGAAAAGGAGAGACAGGGUUCACCUAUACAAGAAGAGAAGAAGAGAAAGCAACAAAAUGUGAUAUUAAGUCCACAAGCUGGUAGUUUAGCCUGCCGAAAUUUGGGUCGCACUGGUCACAGGAAGAGCCCAGUGGAAUGAGCAGCAGCUAUGGCUACACAAACCACAAGGUUCUCCUCUUGUCCAGGCAGACAGCAACCCAAAGUCCAGAAACCAUUGAAUCUGAAUGGGGACUGUUUGGCUAAUGGGAGCCUUUUAAAAGCCAAAGCCAGGACGCCUUGACUUGAAGCCAAAUAGGGCCUUUUUAUGUUUGUUGUCUCCCCCCACCCCCUCCCCCCCUCCCAAGCUCUCCUCAUUAGAGGAGCUUUUUAAAGCAUUCAUUUUAACAAGAGAAGCGAUUAUGCAUGCACCACAUGUCUUUGUUUACCUACACUGCCAGUCAAGGUUUUUUUUUUUUUUUUUAUAAAUACUCCUCACAUCUAAAAGUGAGUAAUUCAGAAAUGUGUUCGUUAAUAACUUUGCUCUUGAUCACCAUAAUAGGGUAUCUUUUGCAGACAACAUACUAUAUAUUUGUAUUCUAUUUGAUGCUAUUACUUUUUGACACUAUUGGCUCAACUCUGUUAAGACAAAGUGUUUGUAAACACUACUACAGCUGUAAGACAAAUAGGCAGCGAUGGUAUGGUGUGUUGUCUACUACUUUAAAGUGACUUGAGGGCAGAGUCCUCAACAUGAAGGCCAUUUCAAAUUAAACCAGGAAGUCACUGGCACUUCACUUAGUCUUUAUUUUAUAAUUACAAGAUUUUUUUAGGAUGAAUUUCCAAUUUAUGUUUAAAAAAAAAAAAAAAAAAAGACAGUGUAGUUAGUUCCGAAACUUUAGAAUGGCAGUGUACGUAAUGGCCAACAUUGUUUUAAAAAAAUCAAAUUUCUUUUAAAUCCUGUUUAAUUUGUCCUCUGCACUGACGUCCAGCAGUCCGCCUCUCCUUCAGCCUUGAAAGCAGCUCAACCUACACUAUGUUUGUGUGUCUCUGUAUUAGAGAAACCACCCUGUAGAUAUUUUUUUCAGGAUCAUAGGAUUAUUUUUUUGAGACUGCUGAUCCACCCCUAUUUCAUAGAUCCAUACUGCCCCUCAACUAUGUGUGUACAGAAGGACAGUGAAAUGGCACUCCCUGACCUAUAUGGGUCUCCACACAUGCUAAGUGUUUAUAGUACAAAAACAUUUAGCUGAAAAUAUUGGACUAUAAACUGGUAAGGUUUACACACCAAAAAAACUAAACAAAUAACUGUUCCAGCUGAUAGUUUACGCUGCUGCAAACACUGUUAAUUUACUCCUAAACUAGAGGUGAUCUCAGUCAAGAGAUAAAUUUAUUUAUUUGCCACAAAGGCUUCAUUUUGUUGUAAUGGUGCCACAGAUUUGUAGCUGCACUGUGUGAGGGUACAACCCCUUUUAAUUAUGUUGCUGCUAGUUAAAUGUCUCAAAGACCUGCUUAUCAUUCAACUUCGAAUAUGGACUGUCUGGCUUUAUUGUUGUCCUAAUAUGGCUGGAUUUUAUUAAACUAAAUGUGUUGUUGAUGGUAUUAUAAUCACAUUUCUUAUUUUAAAGUAGCUUUGUUUUAAUGCCAGCUUUAUUUCCAUUUCUUUUGUUGAACUAAAAUGGGAGGUUUAGUUAAUGAGGAACCCCGAUCCUGCCAGGAAAGGUUUGCUUGCAAUCCAUUUUGUCUCUAAUAAUUCAUUAAACUGAAUCAAAUCCCAGUGUGUUGUUUUUUUCCAAAACAAUGUUUAUUGAUAUCACUGUUGGUGCAUUCAUACAAUGUAUUGGUUAUCAGUGAUGUGCGACUCCUGUAAUAAACAUGACAAUGCUGAAA